CUGGGGUGGAUGGUAAGGGUGGAAGGCAAGGUAUGAUUGUGAACGGACGAUGGCCGGCAACUUCAACACGGGCGGCGGCGAGACCACGGAGAUUGCGAACGGCAACGGCACCCCCCUCUUUAUCUUCAUCUUGGUGGUUGAGAUGGGUGGCCCCCAUUUUCUGCGGCGCGGGCAAACUCGCACACCUUCCGCCCCGCCGCGGUCCAGAGCUUCAUCGGUGUUGAGGGAAGCCAAGGACUGCCGCCUGGAACACUUUCUACCUGGAGAGUCCGGGCCUCGAAUUUGA